AUGGUUAGUGUGCACGUUGCGCAGGUUAGGCUGACUGGGAGCUUUGUCCCGGACCUGAUUGUCCAGCAUGUCCAUCAGAUGUGGGCUCAUCUCCCAGUCUGAUGAGAGGUAGGCUCGAGUGGCUUCAAGAACAACUACACAGAAAUUGACAAAGAGAGCUGUGGUGACCCUGGUACGCCUCUGUAUGGUUACCAAGAGGGAAGUGGCUUUCUAAACGGAAAUGUUCUGCGCUUUGAAUGCCAAUUUGGAUUCGAGCUGAUCGGCGAGAAGAUGAUAACCUGCCAGAACAACAAUCAGUGGUCGGCUAAUAUCCCCAUCUGCAUAUUCCCCUGCUUUUCCAACUUCACCGUUCCCAUGGGGACGGUGCUGUCUCCUGACUACCCGGAGGGCUAUGGAAACAACCUCAACUGUGUGUGGCUCAUUAUCUCUGAGCUUGGCUCCAGGAUUCACCUGGCCUUCAAUGACUUUGACCUAGAGCCUCCCUACGACUUCCUCACUAUCAAAGAUGGAGACCAGUCAGGAGCAACAAUACUCGGACGCUUCUCAGGGGCCGAAGUUCCUUCCCACCUGACGUCCAACAGCAACGUGCUGCAGCUGGAGUUUCAGGCUGAUCACUCUAUGUCUGGGCGAGGAUUUAACAUCACCUAUAGCACUUUUGGGCGUAACGAGUGCCCUGACCCUGGCAUACCGUUGAAUGCCAGACGCUUUGGGGACAGUUUCCAACUGGGCAGCUCCAUCUCAGUGGUUUGUGAGGAGGGCUUCAUCAAGACACAGGGGGCUGACACCAUCACAUGCCAUCUGGAGGAAGGCAAGGGGAUGUGGAGUGGACUCAUUCCCAAAUGUGAAGCUCCUUGCGGGGGCCACUACUCAGGGCCGUCUGGAGUCCUUCUUUCCCCGGGGUGGCCGGGCUACUACAAAGACUCUCUGAGUUGUGAGUGGGUCAUUGAGGCUGAGCCUGGCAGCUCCAUCAAGAUCAGCUUUGACAGGUUUCAAACUGAGCUCAGUUAUGACUUCCUGGAAGUGCAUGACGGUCCUAACCUGCUGUCUCCUCUGAUUGGCUCAUUCAAUGGAACCCAGGUCCCUCAGUUCCUGUUUAGUAGCAGUAGCUUUCUGUAUCUGCUUUUCACCACCGACAACAGUCGAUCAAACAGCGGCUUCAAGAUACUUUAUGAAGCCUCGUGCGGUGGGGAUAUCAGGGGGCCUGGAGGCAUCAUCUUAUCACCUGGCUUCCCGGAGCUGUAUCCCAACUCCCUUAACUGUACAUGGACUGUAGAAGUCAGCCAUGGGAAAGGUGUCCAAUUCACUUUUUACUCCUUCCACCUGGAAGAUCACCAUGACUACCUUCUGAUAACAGAAAAUGGCAGCUUCGCCCAGCCACUGGCUCGCCUCACAGGCUCAGAGAGGCCUUCACCGGUUAAUGCUGGCCUGUAUGGAAACUUCAAGGCCCAGCUACGCUUCAUAUCUGACUUCUCAAUAUCGCUGCAGGGAUUCAACAUCUCCUUCUCCGAGUACGAUCUUGAACCCUGUAAGGACCCGGGUUCGCCACAGUUUGGAUGGCACACGGGCUCCAGGUUUGGCAUUGGUGACUCACUGCCGUUCUACUGCAACACAGGAUACCGCCUACAGGGGGCGCGGGAGAUAGUGUGCUUGGGAGGUGGCCGGCGCAUGUGGAGUGCCCCUCUGCCAAGGUGUGUGGCGGAGUGUGGAUCGACAGUCUCCAACAACGAAGGAGUUCUUUUGUCGCCAAACUAUCCAAUGAACUAUGACAACAGCCACGAAUGUGUCUACAGCAUUCAUGUUCAAACAGGCAAAGGUAUCAACAUCACUGCAAGCACCUUUCAACUCGCACAAGGUGACAUCCUCAAGGCAUAUGAUGGUAAGGACGGGGCCGCCGCACUCCUUGGCUCGUACACUGGCACGCUGAUGCAAGGUCUGUCCCUCACCACCACCUCCAACUAUCUGUGGCUGGAGUUCUACUCCGACCAGGAGGCAACUGCAGCGGGGUUCCAGCUCAUAUACCAAAGCUUUGAGCUCUCCCACUGCGAUGAUCCAGGUGUGCCGCAGUUUGGCUUCAAAGUCACUGACCAGGGUCACUUUGCUGGAAGUGCUAUCACAUUCGGGUGUGACCGAGGUUACACCCUGCACGGCAGUGGCAUACUCAAGUGCAUGACUGGGGAUAGAAGGGCAUGGGACAACCUCCUGCCGUCUUGUAUAGCGGAGUGUGGUGGGAGUUUCAAAGGUGAGUCUACCGGGCGAAUCCUGUCUCCUGGGUAUCCCUUCCCCUACGACAACAACCUGAGGUGCACCUGGACCAUUGAGGUCAACUCUGGCAACAUUGUCAGUCUCCAGUUCCUUGCGUUCGACACAGAGGCGUCCCACGACAUCCUGAAGGUGUGGGAUGGGCCUCCUGAGAACGAGAUGUCUCUGAGGGAGGUUAGCGGCUCGCUGCUGCCUGAGGGCAUCCACUCCACUCUCAACAUCGUCACCAUACAGUUUGAGACUGACUUUUAUAUAACCAAGUCUGGCUUUGCCAUCGACUUCUCCAGUUCGCUCGCGACAGCUUGCAGAGAUCCAGGUAUUCCCAUGAAUGGUAGUCGCAAUGGGGAAGGGCGGGAGCCUGGUGACUCGGUGACCUUCUCUUGUGAUCCGGGAUAUGAAUUGCAGGGGGAGAGCAGAAUCACCUGCAUCCAAGUGGAAAAUAGAUACUACUGGCAACCCAGCCCGCCAAGCUGCAUCGCUCCUUGUGGUGGAAAUGUGACUGGAUCUUCAGGAUUCAUCCUCUCUCCAAACUACCCAAACCCCUACCCACACAGCAAAGACUGUGACUGGCUUAUUGCUGUGCACUCUGACUAUGUCAUUUCCUUGGCUUUCAUCAGUUUCAGUAUUGAGCCCAACUAUGAUUUCCUGUAUAUCUAUGAUGGGCCAGACAGCAGCGCUCAUCUGAUUGGCAGUUUCCAAGACAGUAAACUUCCCGAGAAGAUUGAGAGCACUUCCAACUUCAUGUACCUGGCAUUUCGCAGCGAUGGCUCUGUGAGCUACACCGGCUUUUAUUUGGAAUACAAAGCAAAACUGCGGGAGGCGUGUUUUGAUCCAGGGAAUGUGAUGAACGGCUCUCGAAUGGGUACUGACUACAAGCUGGGAUCUAUGGUGACAUUUCAUUGUGAGGCUGGCUACCUGCUACAGGGCUACUCCACUCUGACUUGUGUCAUGGGCAACAGCAAGAGACCAGAGUGGGACAGAGCCAAACCGAGCUGUCAAGCCCCAUGCGGAGGUCACCUCACAAGUUCAGAAGGAACUGUGCUGUCUCCAAACUACCCACAUAAUUACACCAGAGGCCAAAGCUGUGUCUAUGACAUCUACGUUCCAGGGGACUUUGUGCUGUUUGGGCAGUUUGUGGUAUUCCAGACUUUGAACAGUGAUGUGGUCGAGAUCUACGAUGGAUCCUCCCCAGAUUCAGCCCUCCUUUCCUCUAUACAUGGGUCACACUCAGGAGAGACGCUCCCUUUGAGUUCAGGAAACAAGAUUACACUCAAGUUUACCACAAAUGGAACAGAAACAGCCAAAGGAUUUCACUUUGUCUACCAAGCUGUCCCCAGGACAAGCGCGUCUCAGUGUAGCUCGGUCCCUGAGCCCCGGUUUGGAAAGCGGAUAGGGAACGACUUUGGCAUCGGUAUGGUGGUGCUGUUUGAAUGCAAUCCAGGCUACACGCUGCACGGUUCCAACGCCAUCAGGUGUGAGGCCGUGCCCAGUGCCCUGGCCCAGUGGAACGGCACUGUGCCCACAUGUGUCGUUCCUUGUGGCGGGGUGUUAAGUGAGCGCAGAGGCACUAUCCUCUCUCCUGGAUACCCUGAGCCGUACGCCAACUAUCUGAACUGUGCCUGGAAGAUCUCUGUUCCAGAGGGAGCCGGCAUCCAAAUUCAAGUUGUGACCUUCGCCACAGAACAUAAUUGGGAUUCGCUGGAUUUUUUUGACGGGGUGGAUGGCAACGCUCGAAGGCUUGGUAGCUACUCAGGUACAACUAUUCCCCAACUGCUGAACAGCACGUCCAACAAUCUGUACUUGACCUUCCAGUCCGACAUCAGUGUGUCCGCCGCUGGCUACCACUUGGAGUACACAGCAAUAGGUUUGGAUUCGUGCCCAGAGCCGCUGCCUCCCAGUAAUGGACAGAGAGUGGGCGACCGCUACACUGUGGGCGACAUGGUGUCCUUCCAGUGCGAUCAGGGCUUCACGUUACAGGGUAAUGCAUAUAUCACCUGCAUGCCUGGCCCCGUCAGAAGGUGGAAUUACCCCGUACCUCUUUGUUUAGCUCAGUGUGGCGGCUCUAUGACAGACUUCAGCGGCGUCAUCCUCAGCCCUGGCUUCCCGGGGAAUUACCAGAGCAGCCUGGACUGCAGCUGGAGAGUUCAACUCCCUAUCGGCUUCGGGAUCCAUCUUCAGUUUAUGAACUUCUCCACAGAGCCUGUUCAUGACUAUCUGGAGGUGCGAAGCGGGAACCUGGAGACGGGCACAGUGAUUGAUCGGUCCAGUGGCCCUGUGCUGCCCAACUCUCUCUUUAGCACCACCCAUGAGACCACUCUCUUCUUCCACAGCGACUACUCCCAAAACAAGCAUGGCUUUCACAUUGUCUACCAGGCAUACGAGCUACAGAGGUGUCCGGACCCACGACCGUUUCGUAACGGCAUAGUGAUCGGUCAGGAAUACAGUGUGGGGAUGACCAUUUCCUUUGAGUGUCUUUCGGGUUACACUCUGCUUGGAGAGCCGUCUCUUACAUGUCUGCAUGGAGUCAGCAGAAACUGGAAUCACCCCAUACCUCGCUGCGAAGCUCUCUGUGGUGGGAAUGUAACAUCCAUGAAUGGCACAAUUUACUCUCCGGGACACCCAGCUGAGUAUCCACACUUUCAGGACUGCAUGUGGACUGUCAGAGUGCCUCCUGGGUACGGCAUCUCCAUCAAUUUCUCUGUUAUCAAUACUGAGCCAAUCUACGACUACAUCACUGUGUGGGAUGGACCCGACCAGGCAUCGCCUCAAAUCGGUCAGUUCAGCGGCAACUCAGUGCAGGAGGGCGUGUCCACCACCGCCAAUCAGGUCCUCAUCAAAUUCCACAGCGACUUCAGCACCAGCGGCUUCUUUGUCCUGAAAUAUUACGCAUACCAGCUGAGAGCCUGUCAGCCACCCCCUCCUGUCGCCAACGCAACCAUCCUAACCGAUGAUGACGAGUUUGAAAUAGGGGACAUCAUUCAGUACUCGUGCCUGCCCGGCUUCACCUUGGUGGGCAGUGAGAUUCUGACCUGCCGACUUGGAGAGAGGCUACAGAUGGAUGCACCCCCACCAGUCUGUCAAGUCCAAUGUCCAGCCCAUGAGGUGCGUUUUGACUCAACGGGGGUGAUCUUGAGUCCAGGCUACCCUGACAACUACCCCAAUCUCCAGAUGUGCUCCUGGCUGAUCAACGUGGAAAAGGGUUACAACAUGACUCUUCACUUUGAGCUCUUCCAGACAGAGAAGGAGUUUGACAUCUUGGAAAUAUUUGAUGGUCCCAACAUCUACGGGCAGAGCCUGGCAUCCCUCAGCGGUGACAUUGAGACGCCCUUCAGCCUGACUACCGCCGGCCACCAGCUCCUGCUGCGCUGGUCCUCUGACCACGGCACCAACAGACGUGGCUUCCACAUCAGAUACGUGGCGAUGUACUGCAGUACCCCAGACUCCCCACAACACGGAUUUGUCGUGAGCCAGACCGGAGGUCACCUGAACAGCAUGGUGCGCUGGGCCUGCGACAGGGGCUACAAGCUGAUCGGAAAGGGAACAGCUGUGUGCAAGAAGACCCCCUAUGACUUCUAUGCCUGGGACUCGCCGGUUCCCGCGUGUCAAGCUGUGUCCUGUGGCGUACCACCGGCGCCAGUGAACGGAGGUGUUGCUACUCGGAUUACUCUUGUCGCCACGCGGGUGACCUAACUUCGCAACACAUGGCUCACGGCUCUCCUCCAAAAGAAGCUGACGACCACAGUCUGCCAGCCAGACGGCACUGGAGCAACACAAACAGAUCCCCGAUGCAUUGUCAUCAUGUGCCCUAGUCUCAGCUCCUUCUCUCUGGACCAUGGCAAAUGGAGGAUCGUCAACGGUUCGCACUAUGAGUACGGAACUAAAAUUAUCUUCACCUGCAACCCAGGAUUCUACCGCGUUGGCCCCGCCCACAUCCAGUGCCUGGCCAAUGGGGUUUGGAGCUGGAGAAGUGAGCGGCCUCGUUGUAGAAUCAUUUCCUGUGGAGAUCUGUCAACUCCUCCUAAUGGGAAGAAAAUUGGGACCCAAAAUACAUUUGGAGCAUCAGCUAUUUUCAGCUGUAACGUUGGCUAUGUUUUAACUGGAUCUACGGUUAGAGAGUGUCUCCUUUCCGGUCUCUGGAGUGGGAUGCAGAUUCACUGCCUAGCUGGUCACUGUGGCGUUCCAGAGCAGAUUGUAAAUGGGCAGGUGAUUGGGGAAAACUUUGGUUAUAGAGACACAGUGGUUUACCAAUGCAACCCCGGAUUCCGGCUCAUUGGCUCCUCAGUACGGAUCUGCCAGCAGGAACAUGGCUGGUCUGGACAGCUCCCAGUUUGUAUCUCUGUCACAUGUGGCCACCCCGGUAGUCCCAUAUAUGGCCGCACCACGGGCGAUGGCUUCAACUACAACGAUGUGGUGCGCUUCUCCUGCAACAAAGGCUACACCCUUGAAGGGCCCUCCACCGCUCAGUGCCAGGCCAGCCGCCAGUGGAGCCGGCAGCCACCAACAUGCCGAGUGGUAAACUGCACAGAUCCAGGUAUCCCUGCCAACUCUAUCCGGGAGAGUAAGAUUGAGCACGGUAACUUUACCUUUGGCAGCGUGGUGUUCUACGACUGUAACCCAGGAUAUUACCUGUUCGGAUCAUCGGUGCUCACCUGCCUGCCGGUGGGCCACUGGGACAAACCUCUACCAGAAUGUAUCGAGGUGGACUGCAACCACCCAGGUGCACCCCCCCACGGAGUGAUGAGCGGCGAGAAGUUUACCUUUGGCUCCAUGGUGCGCUACUCCUGCUCUGGCGAGCGCCUGCUCAUAGGAGACUCAUCCCUCACCUGUCAGCUGAACGGACACUGGAGCGGUCCCCUGCCCCACUGCUCAGGCGACUCAGCAGGCGCCUGUGGGGAUCCUGGCACGCCUGCCCAUGCCAGCAGAGAGGCAGGAAAUUUCAAAGUGCGCAGCAAGGUGCGCUUCACCUGUGCCGUGGGACAUACACUCUACGGGUCUGCAGAGAGGAUCUGCUUCCCCAACGGGACCUGGUCCGGGCGACAGCCGUUCUGCAAACAGGCUCUGCCUGCGGGUCCUCUGGAGACCAAUGGAGAUGCUGAUCCAGAGACUCUGAAUAAUGGAGGACAACGAGCUCACUGUGUUGCAGCUGAGACUCUCCUGGAUAUCAGGACAUUUUGUUUCCCGCAGCUGGAAGAUACUAUCGCAUAA